GACACCAGCGGCUGUCAGCUGAUUGAAAUCAUCAAAUUUCAGCAGUGAAGUUUUGUGUCUCUCAAACAAAUGCUCUCAACUCUCUGGCUGAACGAGACCGAAGUGUGUGAAAGUUGAGUGAAUUAAGAGUUGCAAAUCCUUGCAUGUAAGUCUGAAGACGUUAUUUCAUUCACUAACGUACACUUAUAAGCUAAUUAGUCGGUAAAUUUGCCCCGGCGCACACUGGUUGUGAAAGUUGCGUUGACGGUUGACCUUUAAAAUCAGCUCCCGUCACCAUAUUCAACGGGGAUUUAUCUUUAUUGUUAGACCAAGAGAGGUCAAGUGGUAAUGGAGGCAGACACACUUGAAGACCAGCUUCUCCUCUAUGCUAAAGAAGGCAGUAGCUCUCAUGUCCAGAGGCUCCUUCAGUCGAGGAUAGACCAAAGCAAUCCCCUCGAUAUCAACUGCAGAUCUAGAUCUAAAGCCAGUUCAGGGUGGACACCCAUCCACCUGGCCUGUUACUUUGGACACAGAGGUGUUGUGGAGGAGUUACUAAAGGCAGGUGCUGAUGUGAAUCUGCAGAAUAACAUGGGAGACACGGCUCUACACCAAGCAGCCUACACCGGAAGAAAGGAGAUUGUUCUGUUGCUGCUGCGGUAUGAUGCCUGUGCCAGCGUAAUCAAUGGAACGGCUCAAAUCCCUAAGGAUGUCACAGAGGAUGAUGAAAUCAUUACAAUGCUGGAGGCUGCAGAGAGGAGGGAGACAAGGCGGCGGGAGGAGAAGCUCAUGGAAGCAGCCAGAGAGGGGGACAUCUCAACUCUGUCUAAAUUGCUCAGUGGAAAGGAUGCUCCAAAUCUUCACUGCAGGGAUUCUGUGGGUAAUACACCCUUACACUGUGCAGCCUACAGAGGGCAGAAGCAGUGCAUUAUAAAGCUGCUCAAGUGUGGAGCCAGCCCUUGUAUCAAGAACAGCAAUGAGCAGACAGCACUGGACCUGGUCCGUAGUGAUGAACUGAAACACAUUGUAGCAGCCUAUCAAGACAAGGAUGUGAACAGUGGGGUGCAGAAGAUUGAAGGCCCUCUUUGGAAGAGUUCACGGUUCCUUGGAUGGCGAUCUCACUGGGUGGUAAUUGAGGAUGGAACUCUCUCCUGGUAUCCCAGACAGGCAGAUGCACUGGCUGGUGUCAGAAAACAGGGCUGUAAGUCUCUAACACGAGCCUACUGCAUGGUCAAACCAUGGGAUCAUUGCUUCUUCAUGCUCAGGUGCUUUGAUGACACUGUGCAUUAUUUUAAGGUCCCCUCAAAGACAAAUUCAGUGGCAACAAGAAAAAAAUGGUUGGAUGCUUUUGAGGCACAUUCAUCCUAUAGCACUCGUCACUGCACCCAAGAGGAGAUUAUCAGUGAUGGUGAGGGUGAUGGUGAUGUGGCAGUGAAGAACCUGACACAAGCAGUUCAGGCAGCCAGUACUUGCCAACAGAAAUUGGAGAGUGAAGUGUCGAUAUUUCUAUCCAUGGUGAAGAAUGAGGAGAAUUUUGCAUUGGCUGCUCCUCUUCUACUAAAAGCCAAAGAGACCAGUGAGCUCUCCAGUGAAACUUGUGCUGCUCUCAAUUUGUGCCUUGAACUGUUGUCAAAACAAGAAGAGGUGUGGAGCCUGAAGUUAGAGCAGGAGGUGGAGAAGAAUAAAGCUCUGACAGAGGCUUUGCAGACUUUGGCAACUGAGCACCACGAACUUAAGCAGUCUGUGAGCAGGAGCAGGAGGUCAUCUACCCUCAGUACUCUGACCGAAGAUGACUUCUAUGACGCUGAAUCAGAGUCAGAGUCGGACCUCUCUGUGAGCGGCUUCCUGUCUGUGGCCAGUCACUCCUGUGAAGAGGACGAGGGGAGAGACACCCCCCUUCUCAGCAGCCUCCGCCAUCCCAGUGUGCUCAGGGGGCCUACCGGUAUGUCAGGGGAGGGUAACCAUGGCAACCAACCAGCCCAGUACAAUGGAGUCAAGAAGCACAGAAUGUCUCUACCGGCUCCCAUGUUCUCCAGGAAUGACGUCAGCAUCUGGAGUAUCCUGAAAAAAUGCAUCGGCAUGGAGUUGUCAAAAAUUGCCAUGCCUGUGAUAUUUAAUGAGCCUCUGAGCUUCCUCCAGCGGAUAACAGAAUACAUGGAGCACACCUACCUCAUCCACCAGGCCAAUGCCACAACAGACUCUAUUGAGAGGAUGAAGUGUGUUGCAGCGUUUGCUGUGUCAGCUGUAGCAUCACAGUGGGAGAGGACUGGGAAGCCUUUCAACCCACUACUGGGGGAGACCUUUGAGCUCAUCAGAGACGAUUUGGGCUUUAGGUGGGUGUCAGAGCAAGUAAGCCAUCACCCUCCAGUCAGUGCCUUUCAUGCUGAGGGCCUCAAGGAGGAUUUUGUCUUCCAUGGCUCCAUCUACCCCAAACUCAAGUUUUGGGGAAAGAGCAUAGAAGCAGAGCCCAAGGGAAUCAUCACACUGGAGCUCCCCAAAUAUAAUGAAGCCUACACCUGGACAAACCCCACCUGUUGUGUCCACAACAUCAUUGUAGGACAGCUUUGGAUUGAGCAGUAUGGCAAUGUGGAAGUGAUCAAUCACAAGACUGGAGAGAGAUGCAGCAUGACGUUCAAGCCCUGUGGCCUCUUUGGAAAAGAGCUCCAUAAAGUGGAGGGAUACAUCCUAGAUAAAAGCAAAAAGAAGCUCUGUGCAAUAUAUGGCAAAUGGACUGAAUGCUUGUACACAGUAGACCCUGCUACCUUCGAUGCCCACAAAAAGUCUGACAAAAAGAAUUCAGAUGAUAAAAAGGGUAGUAAACAGAGCAGUGUGGAUGAGGAGCCAGAAGAGAUGCCUCCACCUGAUGCUGAGACAGUCCAGGUCAUCCCAGGCAGCGAGCUCAUCUGGAAGAUAACACCCCGACCAGAGAACUCAGCCAAGUUCUAUGCAUUCUCCACAUUUGCCAUGCAGCUAAAUGAGCUGGAGAAAAGCAUGGAGGGAGUCAUUCCUCUCACAGACAGCCGCCUCCGACCUGACAUCCGCGCCAUGGAGAAUGGAGAUAUAGAUUUGGCAAGUGCAGAGAAGAAGAGACUUGAGGAAAAACAGAGGAUGGCCCGGAAAAAUCGCACCAAAUCAACAGAGGAUUGGAAAACAAGGUGGUUUCAACAAGGACCCAACCCUCAUAACAAAGCUCAGGACUGGCUCUACACGAAAGGCUACUGGGACAGGAACUACACUCAGCUGCCUGACAUCUACUAACAAGUAGAAACACACACACAGAUACCACACACAUGGGAUAUCUACUUUUAGCACCUUUGGACUUAAUCUGCUGUACUUGGGUUUGUGCUGAGGGGCCUAGCAUAAGAAUUAGUGUAACUGAACUGGUAUAGAACAAGGUAGGAAAUUGGGCUCAAUUUGAGAAAAUAAACUUAAAACAUGUCUUUUAAAAGGCAGUAAAACACUGAAUUAACCCAGAGGCUUAUAUUCUUCAGUAGAUCUGUAUGAACAGUAAAGCACAAAACCUCUCUUUUGCGUUUAUUUAUUGUGGUUCUCGACCACUUGAAUAUGGUAUAGGCAUGUACUGGAAAAAGUAGAAUGUAUUUUAGAAAUAUUUCAUGUUAGAUAGAUGGAGUGUUUGAACAGCAACCUCAGUUUUACUGUUUGUAGUUUGUCCAUAGUUCCUGCUGGUUAUGAAAACAUUUUACUCGUUAGCUUCAUUGCAGAGACAUGGGAGGCAACACUACAAAAAAUAGCUACAAAAGCUGGAAAGCAUGAUGUGUCCUGAACCCACUGAUUGCACACCAAUUCUACUUGUGCAUACAUACAGUAAUGCAGUGCAAAGUAUUAAAAUAGACCACUUUGGUGCAUUUGCUUUUGUUUUCUCUCCCUAGAGUGGUGCAGAUAAUUAGUGUUGAACUGGAUGAGUCUGAAAUUUGUGUCAUUGCUUGUUUGCAAUGUCCACUACUUGAUUGUAAAUCUGUGUCUAGCCUCUUCACUGCGAGUAAAAUGUUUCCAUAUCUGACAAGAACAGUGGCCAGUACGGAAGCAGCAAGACUUUGACAAUAAAAUAAAUGUUUAAAAUAUUAUUAAGCCCUAAACUAUGUACUGUAUAGAUGUGUAUAGAGACUAACAGCGUUGCACAUAAGUCUACCUGAUUCUGUGGACACAGUAGCACUUUUUUCUAACUAUACGAGAGCAGGGACACUGGCUCCGCACUUAUAGAUUUUUGUGUGCGUGUGUGUAAAGGCCUUGCCAUAGUUAAGUAUAAUUGAAUAUAUUCCUUGUGCUAUGUGCAUUGAUCUAAUUGAAAUCUAAUCAUAACAAUAAAUGCAUGUGCAUCACUAUAACUAUGCAAGCCUUAUCUCCUUCACAAUCAAGCACUGAACAUUCAUUCUCUUAUGUUGUGGAUAGCUGCUAUAAGUUUUAGUUUUUUCUUUUACAACUCUUUAGGUAUCAAUGAAACAGAAUUUCUAUUGUUGCUAAAUAAAAGCUUAAUGUUAAUUGAACAUCCAUGGUUUUGUGCUUUAAUUUUAAGAAAGUGUUCAAUAUAACAAAAUUAUGACAUAUUGACCUGUGCCCUUACUGUAC